AUGGGUUCCUACGAGACCGCCAACGGCGCCAGCACCCUACGAUACAUCCCCCUCUCCUACAGCCCGGCCGACUCUCAGUCGACUGCUCUUCGCCUGAUUUUGACCCUCUUCCCGGACUGGGAGGGUGCGGGCAACCGGAUCGAGUUUGUUCGCUUCACAGACGGCAUCACCAACACUGUUCGUCCCCCUGCGCGGCUACUCCUCGACUGCGAGGCCCUCAUUCUGGACCUAUUCACUGACAGCGCUAUACAGCUCUUGAAGAUUAUCAACCGCAAGGACGGUUUGACAGAGGAACAAAUAGACAAUGAGGCCGUACUGAUGCGCGCAUACGGAAAUGGCACUGAAAUCCUCAUAGACCGUGAAAGAGAAACUACGUCCCACGCCCUCCUCGCCAGCCGCGGCCUCGCUCCUCCUCUCCUCGCUCGUUUCAACAAUGGUCUCCUCUACAGAUUCAUCCGUGGCAAGCCCUGCGGUCACCAGGAUCUGGUUACACCACCCAUUUUCCGCGGCGUUGCUCGCAAGCUGGCCCAGUGGCAUGCUGUCCUCCCCAGCAACGGCAACAGCUCGACACCCUCUCAGGAGGCCUCGAUUGUGGCCAACGGGACUGAUUCAGAGAAGCACGACUUCGACGUCAUCCAACCGCGUCGUGCAGGCCCCUCCAUGUGGGCAGUGCUUCAGAAAUGGAUUAUCGCUCUGCCAGUGGCCACACCCGAGCAGCGCUCUCGGCGACUUAGCCUGCAGCAGGAACUGCAGUGGGUCGUGGGCCAGCUUGACGAUGGGAAAGGCAUUGGUGAAGACGGGCUUGUUUUCUCGCACUGUGAUCUCCUGUGCGCCAAUGUGAUCGUCCUUCCUGAUGACGGCAGUAAGCCCUCGGACCAGAUUACGCCGGUCAACUUCAUCGACUACGAGUAUGCAGUCCCCGCUCCUGCGGCGUUCGAUAUCGCCAACCACUUGGCUGAGUGGAUCGGCUACGACUGCGACUACAGCAUGACACCCACUCGAUCUGUGCGCCGUCAGUUCCUGACUGAGUAUACCAAGAGCUACGUCCAGCACCGUGGACUGGACGCGUCGUCCGAGUCCGAGAUCGUCGACCGUUUAUAUCAUGACGUCGAUCGUUUCCGCGGUAUCCCCGGUCUAUACUGGGGUGUGUGGGCACUCAUCCAAGCCCAGAUUUCCCAAAUCGAUUUCGACUACGCCAGCUACGCCGAGCUACGCUUGGGCGAGUACUGGGCCUGGAAGCGUGAAGUCGACGGCAGCCGUCAAAAAGCCAGCGAGCAGGCGCCCCUCCGCGAACAGCGCUGGGCUCAGGAGGCAUGA